AUGCAUAUUGGUUGGUUUGAUUUGAACGGGUCAACAGAAAAUUCUGGGUGGUUAAGUGAUGAACCCGAUAGAGAUGAGGGAACUGAAUCAAAGCUGGAAGAACAGAAAGCGGGAACCGUUGCAAUGGCCAGAAUGGCCGAUGGAAACGCUGAACUUCUGGAAAACACCAGUGAAGAACAAUUGGCUCAAGAACUGGGCAUUAUUAGUACUGUACAUACAGAACAAGAAGCCGCGCUGGAGCGGUUUGGGCAAGAAAUGAGUGAAAAUGAUCGUAAAGCUGGAAAAGCUCAACACCCUAUAGGGAAUGUUUGUGAUAAUAGAAUGAUCCGAACGGAGCCGGACGAGUGCUUAUCGUCUGUCGAAGGGGUCUGGUGGGAUGAUGACGACCUACACUUGGCCCAUAUUGAUGAGGAUUGGGGUGAAGACCUUCCUGAUAACACUUGGUAUAUGGAAGAAGUUGACCAUAUGACAAAAACGGACAACAAUGUAAUUCAAGUUGUUAUACUUGUCCCAACUAGGGAGUUAGCUCUUCAGACAUCACAAGUCUGCAAGGAACUUGGCAAGCAUUUGAAGAUUCAAGUAAUGGUCACCACAGGAGGAACCAGUUUGAAGGAUGAUAUCAUGCGUUUGUAUCAACCUGUCCAUUUGGUGGUUGGAACUCCCGGAAGAAUACUUGAUCUUGCCAGAAAGGGAAUAUGCGUUUUGAAAGAUUGUACGAUGCUUGUUUUGGAUGAGGCAGACAAGCUUCUGUCCCCAGAAUUUCAACCUUCGGUGGAGCAGCUGAUUCAAUUUCUUCCUCAGAAUAGACAAAUUUUAAUGUUUUCAGCUACAUUUCCUGUGACUGUCAAAGAUUUCAAAGACAGAUAUCUAGAGAAGCCUUACGUUAUUAAUCUCAUGGAUGAGCUUACUCUCAAGGGUAUUACUCAAUUUUAUGCUUUUGUAGAAGAGAGACAGAAGCUGCACUGCCUGAACACUCUUUUCUCUAAGCUGCAAAUCAACCAAUCAAUUAUUUUCUGCAACUCUGUGAAUCGAGUGGAAUUGCUGGCUAAGAAAAUCACGGAACUGGGCUAUUCUUGCUUCUAUAUUCAUGCCAAGAUGCUGCAAGAUCAUCGAAACAGAGUAUUUCAUGACUUUCGCAAUGGUGCAUGCAGGAAUCUUGUUUGCACUGAUUUGUUUACGAGGGGCAUAGACAUUCAAGCAGUCAAUGUGGUCGUCAAUUUUGAUUUUCCUAAGAACUCGGAAACAUAUCUGCACAGGGUUGGUCGUUCAGGAAGGUUUGGGCACCUUGGGUUGGCAGUGAAUCUGAUCACUUAUGAAGACCGCUUCAAUUUGUAUAGGAUUGAGCAAGAGCUUGGGACUGAAAUAAAGCAGAUUCCUCCCCAUAUCGAUCAAGCUAUUUAUUGUCGCUGAUCUUCGAUGAAUGGGUCAUGUUGGGACAAUAGGUGGUUCCCAAAUCUCAUCUAACUUCUUACCUUAUUCCCAAUCUUGGAAGUGAGGGAGAAUGAAGUAGUAUCCUACCAGAGAGAUUUGAAGAGCCUUAGAAAGAUGGAGGUUAGUUAAAAGUCACUUGGAAGAUUUAACAUGUGCUGGUAUUAUUGCCAAGGCCAAACUGAGAAAACAAUAUUAGGGAUUUGUUAUUUUGUGUUUCUUACCUUUCUUGUUACAUAUGUCCUGUCUGGAUAAAGAAUGCAUGUAAUCAAGAAUUUGUGGAGUCUGUUUGAGUUUGAUCUUUGAGGGAUUUCAGCCUGAAUUUCCCGUUUAGAUGGGCUUUAUCUC